AUGCUGUCAGCUGGAGGGCGUGUUGUUAUUGCGACGCGCGGGUGUCAGUUGCCCCCAUGGCUGAAAAUGACAAGGGCCGGCGGCGCGGUGGUUAAGGCGGUGGCGUGGGCCGUCCCGGUGCUGGUGGACGGCGGGGUCCGCCGGGGCACCGACGUGUUCAAGGCGCUGGCGCUCGGCGCAAAGGCGGUCAUGGUGGGGAGACCGGUGUUCUACGGGCUGGCGGCGAGAGGGGAGGAGGCCGGGGCGAGGCACGUGAUCGAGAUGCUGAACGCGGAGCUGGAGCUGGCCAUGGUGCUCUGUGGCCGCCGGAGCGUCGCGGAGGUCACCAGGGGACACGUCCAGACCGAGGGCGACCGGAUCAGGGCCAUGCUGUGA